AACCCUCUUGAGGCGGUCGGUCACCAUGGUGGUGGCUUACAACAGCGAGCCCAGACGGCAGACCCUCCGUCGCGUUUAGACACUAAAACACUAUUUAUAAAUGCUGCCUUUGACCCUCCGCUGCUUUGCAAAUGGCUUAAAAUGGACAAUCACCAAACGCAUGGAUUGCACGUUGUUUUAAGAUGGAAAACUGAAGAAGAUGGAAUAGCGAACAGGGGACAAACGGAAUGGUGAAAAUGCACUCGUCUGCGUAAAGCAUAUACGUACCGCUUCCCUGCAAAAACCUUUCAUUAACACGAAAAUCUCCUGUCAACUCACAGCCGAAGCUCCAGCGGCUGGAAUAGGAAAAACAGACUGUCUGGUCUUGUUGUUGGAUUGGGACGAGGGACAGUAAGAAAGAUCCAGGCUUAGGCUGUGGCCUGGGGACAGGCUCUCCUCUGCAGCUGCUGCUAUAUAAAAACGUUAUUGUACCGUUUAAAACCCACUUGUGAGAUUCGCGUCGGAAUAUUUGACUUAAUUGUUGCGCGCGAUUGUUUUGAAAACCAUGGCGUCUUACGUGGAUAACAGUUUUCGGCAGGCGGUGAUGGUGAAUCCUUCAGACAGGACGCAACAGGACCUGGAGAUUGUUUAUUCCUACUUGCAUGGAAUGGAGGCGCUGUCCAAUCUUCGGGAGCACCAACUGAGGAUAAUGUGUGAAACUGUACGCUACGAAAGACACGAAGCCAACGAAGUGCUCUAUUACCCCGAUGACAUUGGCACAUGCUGGUACAUUCUGCUCUCUGGAUCAGUCUUCAUCAAAGAGUCCAUGUUCUUGCCACGCUCCAGCUUUGGGAAGAGGUCUGCUGGGAGUUUACGUCGUGGAUGCGAGUGCAUCGUGCUGGAGCCAUCCGAGAUGAUUGUGGUGGACUAUAUGGAUGAGAAUGAGGAGUAUUUCCAGCGGCAGGCAUCGCACCGACAGUCCCGCCGAAGGUUUCGCAAGAUCAACCAGAAGGGCGAGCGGCAGACCAUCAUUGACACCGUAGACCCAUAUCCCGCCGGCAAGCCGCCCGUAGCACGGGGAUACCAUACGGAAUGCGUUAAGGCUCAGCUGCCGGCAGACUUCAGCAGGUUACACCUGGCAGACGGGAUUCACCCGCAGGUGACACACGUUUCCUCCAGCCACUCAGGAUGUAGCAUCACCAGUGAUUCUGGGAGCAGCAGCCUGUCGGACAUUUACCAGGCCACCGAGAGUGAGCCCGGCGACAUGGACCUCAGUGGCCUGCCCGAGACGGCCGUUGACUCCGAGGAGGAUGACGAUGAGGAAGAUAUUGAACGGGCCUCAGAUCCCCUCAUGAGUCGAGAUAUCGUCCGGGACUGUCUGGAAAAAGACCCCAUGGACCGAACGGAUGAUGACAUAGAGCAACUGUUGGAGUUCAUGCACCAGCUACCGGCCUUUGCCAACAUGACCAUGUCCGUCAGGAGGGAGCUUUGUGCUGUCAUGGUGUUUGCUGUGGUGGAACGGGCCGGCACAGUCGUCCUUAAUGAUGGCGAAGAGCUGGACUCAUGGUCUGUGAUUCUGAACGGCUCAGUGGAGGUGACGCAUCCAGAUGGCCGGACGGAAAUCCUGUGCAUGGGCAACAGCUUCGGUGUGUCCCCCACUAUGGAGAAAGAGUACAUGAAGGGGGUGAUGAAGACCAAGGUGGAUGACUGCCAGUUUGUUUGCAUAGCACAGCAAGAUUACUGCUGUAUCCUCAACCAAGUUGAGAAAAAUAUGCAGAAGGUGGAAGAGGAGGGUGAGAUUGUGAUGGUGAAGGAACACCGUGAGCUUGACCGCACAGGCACCAGAAAAGGACACAUUGUCAUCAAGGGCACGCCAGAGCGUCUUACCAUGCACCUUGUAGAAGAGCACUCGGUGGUGGACCCCACCUACAUCGAGGACUUCCUGCUUACCUACCGCACCUUCCUGCCAAGCCCCAUGGUGGUGGGCAAGAAACUGUUGGAGUGGUUCCAUGACCCCAGUCUCAGGGACAAGGUUACACGGGUAGUCUUGCUGUGGGUAAACAAUCACUUCAACGACUUUGAGGGUGACCUCGCAAUGACACAUUUUCUUGAGGAGUUCGAGUACAAUCUGGAGAGAGAGAAAAUGUGUGGGCACCUAAGACUGUUAAACAUAGCAUGUGCUGCCAAAGCUAAACUGCGGGUGGUGACCCUGACAAAACCCUCGAGGGAAGCCCCCCUGGCCUUCACCCUGCUGGGGGGUUCAGAGAAGGGCUUUCGCAUUUUCAUUGACAGCGUGGAGUCAGGCAGCAAAGCUGCUGAGGCCGGCCUUAAAAGAGGAGAUCAGAUACUAGAGGUAAAUGGGCAAAACUUUGAAAAUGUGCCGCUAUCCAAAGUCAACGAGAUUCUCAAAAACAACACGCACCUGUCCAUUACUGUGAAAACCAAUCUCUUAGUGUUUAAGGAGCUACUGGCCAGGCCUGACCAGGACCAGGAGCAAGAACAGGAGGAGGAGCCAGACAGGAAAAACGGGGCACCUCACAUCCCUAAAAUUGGGGACAUUAAGAAAGCCAGUCGUUAUUCCAUCCCUGACCUGGCUGUGGAUGUUGAGCAGGUCAUGGGUCUUGAGAAAGCUAGUAAAAAAGCCAAGGCCAACACCGUAGGUGGCAGAAACAAGCUGAAGAAGAUCUUCGACAAGACACUGACCAGUAUUCUUCCACCCAAACCUUACAAUGACGUUGGGGUGGGACAGUCUCAGGAUGACAGUAUUGUAGGGCUUAAGCAGUCAAAGCAGAUCCCUCCUGCUCUUCCUGUCAGUGGAAACCUUUCAUCAAGCAACCCUGACCUGCUGCAGUCACACCAUCGCAUACUCGACUUCAACAACCAACCUGACAUGUCAGACCAGGUAUUGCGAGUGUUCAAGGCAGACCAGCAAAGUCGGUACAUCAUGAUUGGGAAGGACACCACAGCAAAAGAAGUUGUAGCUCAGGCCAUUCGAGAGUUUGCCUUGACUGCUGCCGCUGAAGCCUAUUCGUUGUGUGAGGUGUCAGUCACUCCUGAGGGCGUUAUCAAGCAGCGGCGACUUCCUGAACAACUCUCCAAACUGGCCGACAGGAUCCAGCUGAGUGGCAGGUACUACCUGAAAAGCAACAUGGAGACAGAGACGCUGUGCUCGGAUGAAGAUGCCCAGGAACUGCUACGGGAGAGCCAUAUCAGCCUGCUGCAGCUCAGCACGGUGGAAGUGGCGACCCAGCUGUCCAUGCGCGCCUUCGAGUUGUUCUGUGCCAUUGAGCCCACAGAGUACAUUGAUGACCUGUUUAAGCUGAAAACUCGCCUUACCGGGCCCCCCAGCCUCAAGCUCUUUGAGGAAGCCAUCAAUCGGGAGACCUUCUGGGUGGCCACGGAAGUGGUGCGUGAGCCCAACCAGCUCAAACGCAUGAAGAUCAUCAAGCACUUCAUUAAAAUUGCACUGCAUUGCCGCGAGUGCAAGAACUUCAACUCCAUGUUUGCCAUUAUCAGUGGUCUGAAUUUGGCACCGGUGUCCAGGCUGAGAGGCACAUGGGAGAAGUUGCCCAGUAAAUAUGAGAAGCUGUUUAGUGAUCUUCAAGACCUAUUUGAUCCCUCCAGGAAUAUGGCAAAGUACCGGAACCUUCUUAACAGCCAGAACCUGCAACCACCCAUUAUCCCUCUCUUCCCAGUAAUCAAGAAGGAUCUCACCUUCCUGCAUGAAGGAAAUGACUCGAAGGUGGACGGUUUGGUGAACUUUGAGAAGCUGCGGAUGAUUGCUAAAGAAAUCAGACACGUAGGCCGGAUGGCAGCUGUAAACAUGGACCCAGCUCUGAUGUUCAGAACCAGGAAGAAGAAAUGGAGGAGUUUGGGGUCACUCAGCCAGGGCAGUGCCAAUGCGGCCGUCCUGGAUGUAACCCAGACAGGCGGGCACAAGAAGCGGGUCAGACGGAGUUCCUUUCUCAAUGCCAAGAAGCUGUACGAGGAUGCACAGAUGGCACGCAAGGUCAAACAAUACCUGUCCAACCUCACCCUGGAGACAAAUGAGGAGAGCCUGCAGACACUUUCAAUGCAGUGUGAGCCCUCAAUCAACACAUUGCCGAAGAGUUCCGGGGACCGGAAGAGACCUGACACGUCGCCCGUGGUCGCACGGGCCGCCAUCCACCAGCGCCAGCAGCUUCAGAAAGCCAACCAGGCGCUUCAAGUGCCUGCCGUUGCCCUCUACCCAUCUCGCAAGAAAGUGCCGGUCAAAGACCUACCGCCAUUUGGCACAAGCUCGCCGCAGUCUCUAAAGAAGAUACUGUCCCUUUCAGAGGAGGCAGGAGAGAGACACAAGAAACAGACAGAGGACAGUGUGUCCAACAACUCCUCACAGCUGUCAUCUCCUCCCACGUCUCCUCACAGCUCACCUAAGAAAGGUUAUGGACGAGCUGGUGAUUACCUGUCAGACUCUGGCCACAGUGAGAUCUCCUCACGCUCCAGUCUGGUGAGCACAUCCUCCCUGGACAUGGGGCAAGAUGAACGCAGGCAGCGGUAUGGAGGAAUAGCUGUAGAGGGCCAUGUUAGUGGUCACCGGCUAGAGCGCAGGGCGACAGCUGACCCUGAUCAGUACAGCUUGGGGUCCUACUCAUCCAUGCAGGACUGCCGGGGUCUGUAUGCGGGCGCCACCGUGCUGUCUUCUCCCAGCUCAGAGGAGCUUACCCAGGACCAGGGUGACCGGGUGUCUCUCGACGCUGCUGAUUCUGGUCGUGGCAGCUGGACUUCAUGUUCCAGCGGCUCCCAUGACAACAUUCAGACCAUGCAACAGGGGCGUAGCUGGGAGGCGUUGGCAGAGGGGGCAGGGCUGUGGGGAAGCAGGGGGAGCUGGGCGUCCGCCUGCUCCUCUUCGUCCUCAGCGGCAUGUUGGGGCGAGGACUCUGAGGGCGACACAGGUACCAUCAAGCGAAGAGGAGGGAGGGAUGUGACCACAGACCCAGAGACCAGCAGCAUCACCUCCACCGGUUCAGAAGAGUCCCGACAGCACAGCAGACGCCCCUCGCCCAUCACCGCAGGAAACACCAAGGCUGUGAUCACACGGAAGGACGGCCGUUACCGGGACCCUCCGCCCACGCCGCCGGGAUACACGGCUCUGACCAUCACGGACGUAACCGAGGGCACGGCUCACUCAGGCAGGAGACCCCCGGACUACACCACCGCCUUGCAGCGCUCCCGCCUUGUCACACAUUCCCCCGACUCCCAGCAGCCCCCAGCUGCAGGAAAACCCAUCCACUCGCCGGACCCCCGGGGCCGAGAAGACGAGGAGGCAGAGGAGGUGGAAGAGGAGGGUGAGUGCUUGUCUCCCAAACUCAGAGCUCAGAGGAGGAGAGGUCCACACACAGCAGUUCCCCCCAGGCCAUGAGUUACAUACACCACCCCAGCAGGAAGAGGAUGAACAGGUGUCCGCUGUUUGAAAGGGGACGACACUGGCUUUUAUACGGAUGCUGCAUUGACUGAUGGCCCAUAUCAGGCCUUCACAGGUCAGACAGACAGACCAUCCAGUCUACAUCUUGCCGGCACUGCCUCUCUCCCUCCUCAAUGAUGGAUUCUUCUCCCUGCCCUGCCUUAAUGCAAUGGGGGGUUUGAUGCCCUGCAUGCUAAAAAUACUGUGAAGAAAGGAGGCGAGCAAAAAAAUAACUUAUUUGGCACUUUGGAGAAUGGAAAUAUGAACUGAACUGAAACUCGAACACAGCGCUUCGACAUUCACACACAAGAAACAAACUACUGUUAACGGUUGUCUUCAGACAAUUUACUCUUUCCUUCUGCUUAAAGGUCACACUAACGUGUUUAGUAGUUCCCCUCAGCACUUUUUAAACUGUUUUUAAGGUGUAAACAGAUGCACACAAUCAACGUUUCAAUCUCCUGAUUCUGGACAUGCAGUUUGGAUGGCUAAAAAAGGCUUGACUACAACUU